AUCAUCGUAUUUAAAGAUAAUUUUUCAACUUCACAUAAAUAAUCAGUAAUCUAAUCCGUUACAGGUUGAAGAACCCUGCGGUCUUAUAGACCAAACACGUACAACUAAACAACCUUGUAUAACAAACCUUUUUCUUUCACUACACUCGUCAUCCUAUUGCUCAAUUCUAACUAAUCCCUUCAAUAUAUAUUACACCAACUUCUCUUCCUACAAUCAAUUGUGCAUGUGAGAGUGAGAGGGAAUGGAUAAGUACUACUGCAAGAGUUUGUGUUUCUUGAUAUUAAUGUUGAUCGUGACGAGGAUGGGUGAAGCGCAACUGAUGGAGAACUUUUACAGCUCAAGCUGUCCAAAUGUUGAGGCCAUUGUCCGGCAGGUUGUGCGAACAAAGAUAAACCAGACGUUCGUCACCAUUCCAGCCACUCUUCGCCUCUAUUUCCAUGACUGUUUUGUCGAGGGAUGUGAUGCCUCUGUUGUUAUUGCUUCACCGAAUAAUGAUGCCGAGAAAGAUGCUCCAGACAAUCUGUCACUAGCAGGAGAUGGCUUUGACACUGUUGUCAAGGCAAAACAAGCAGUAGAGGCUCAGUGCCCUGGCAUAGUAUCAUGUGCCGACAUUUUAGCUAUUGCUGCUAGAGAUGUUGUGUUCCUGGCUGGAGGUCCUGCAUACGACGUGGAACUGGGAAGGCGUGACGGACUCAUUUCCCAAGCUUCUCGCGUAGCAGGAAAUUUACCAGAGCCAACUUUCAAUCUCAUCCAACUCAACACCAUCUUUGCAAAGAAUAAUCUGUCCCAGAUUGAUAUGAUUGCACUAUCAGGAGCUCACACACUAGGAUUUUCCCACUGCAACCGUGUCGCAAACCGGCUCUACUCAUUUUCUCCCUCCAACCCUGUUGACCCUGCCCUGGAUCCAACCUAUGCACAGCAGUUGAUGCAAGAAUGCCCACAGAAUGUGGACCCACAGAUAGCUAUAAACAUGGACCCUGUAACUCCACAAACAUUUGACAAUGUCUACUUUCAGAAUCUAGUCGGAGGGAAAGGUUUGUUUACAUCUGAUCAGGUGCUGUUCACUGACCCAGCAUCUCAACCUACUGUGAUGGAUUUUGCCCAAAACUCUGGUGACUUCAAUGGAGCUUUUAUCACAGCAAUGACGAAGCUUGGCCGGGUUGGCGUAAAAAUCGGAAACCAAGGAGAAAUAAGAAGGGACUGCACUGCAUUCAAUUCAUAAAUUAUACUCAAUGCAAACAAACACUUUUACCUACUUGAAACGAAUACAAAAACAAUAAUGUUCACUUUUCUUUACAGAUUCGAACGCAAUAAAAUGUCUCAUUUUUAUUUC